AUGAAAUGGGUGCCCUGGCUGCUCUCACGGCGAUACACAUCUAUUCAAAUACCCCUCCGUCGAAAACCCGGGCACUCAGUUCGGGCAAUUGUCUUUCUACCUCCAGCGAAUUCGACAUCAGCUUUAGAAACCUCUAGAGGUCUACGGCCUCUCCACCUUGACUUCCAUGGCGGUGCGUUUAUCGGUGGAAACCCGGAGCACGAUGCUGAGUUCUGUAGCGCGCUGUCAGACGAACUGGGUGCCGUUGUUGUCUCAGCCACAUACCAUUUCGCACCGCGAUAUAGGUUCCCGGUAGCGAACGAAGAUGCUCAGGAUGUGGCAGCGUUUCUAGUUGAAAAUGCAGAGCACGUAUGGAAAGCAGACCCCCGAGUGCUCACUGUAAGCGGAUUUUCAGCUGGUGGAAAUCUUGCACUCGGGGUAGCUCAGGGGUUAGCAGGCAAAGAUUAUGGCGUGAAAGGCUCUGUGACAUUUUAUGCUCCAGUCGACCUCCGGAAAUCACCGUCUGAGAAACCGAAACCCAAUGAUAAGCCAGACCCGUUGGAAGUCCUAAAACCGUUGUUCGAUGCCUACCCUGGCCCUGUCCGUUCUCAGAAUAUGGAAAACCCACUCAUGAACCCGAUCCUGGCAGAUAUCAGCACCUUGCCCCCAAGAAUGGCCUUUGUCGUGCCCAAGAUUGACAUUUUGUACGAAGAGCAGAUGUUGAUGAUUGGGAGACUAAAGGCAGAAGCUGAGAAGUUAAACGGUUCCGCCCAAACUAUGGCGACUGGCGUAGAUUCGGCAAUCGAAGAAAGCCAGCAAAUUAGGGAUGGCUCUGGUAGAAAGGACUCCUAUCAGAUCAGCCAUCUAGAGUUUCCUGAAGGGUUCCAUGGGUGGCUCGAAGUACCGGAGGUUGCUAUUGGGAACAAGGAUAAGAAGAAAGCAUUUGCGUUUGCCCUUGAUUUCUUAAGGGAAACCUAUCAAGCUCAUAGCUGA